AUGGUGCUCGCGCAAGAUGAGAUCGAUGCGUGCCGGGAGGCUUUCCUCGCGUUCGACAAGGACCGGAGUGGCACGAUCGACGUCUGGGAGCUGCGCCAGGUGCUCGAAGCCAUGGGGCAGCAGCCGACCGAAGAAGAGCUCUUUCAGAUGAUCAGCGAGGUCGACGAAGACAUGAGCGGCGCGAUUGAUUUUGCCGAGUUUCUUCAAGUGAUUGACAACCAGAAGGACCGUGCUGCCAUGUACAACGACGAAAGCGACAUGAUUGACGCCUUUGUCGCAUGCGGCGGCAAACCCGACAAGACGGGCGUCGUCAAGCGCGAUACGCUCGUCAAGAUCAUCAAGGUCGACUUUGGCUUGACCAUCAACAUCGAGGAAAUGAUCAACAAGCUCGACGUCGAUCAGAGCGGCGAGAUUGAGUUUGCCGAAUUCAAAGCCAUCUUGACAUGA